AUGCCAACCAUUCCAGUUGAUAAAGAAGAUCUUUUCAAAUUAUUAGGUAGAUCUUAUACCACUGAAGAAUUUGACGAAUUAUGUUUUCAAUUUGGUAUUGAAUUAGAUGAAGAUACUACUGAAGAUGUUAAAGGAACCGAUGAAAGACCUCAAUUAAAAAUUGAAGUUCCUGCCAAUAGAUAUGAUAUGUUAUGUAUUGAAGGUAUUGCUCAAGCCUUGAAUGAAUUUUUAGGUAAUUCUGAAUCACCAAAAUAUACUUUAAAUCCAGUCAAACCAGAAAUUUCAUUAACUAUUAAAGAAUCAACUUUACCAAUUCGUCAAUAUGCUGCUAGUGCAAUUUUGAGAAAUGUUGUUUUAGAUGAAAGAUCAUAUGAAUCUUUUAUUGCAUUACAAGAUAAAUUACAUUCUAAUUUAUGUCGUAAUAGAACUUUGGUUGCUAUUGGUACUCAUGAUUUGGACACUUUAACUCCACCAUUCACUUAUGAAGCUUUAGCACCAAAAGAUAUUAAUUUCAUUCCAUUGAAUCAAACCAAAGAAAUUAAUGGUGAAGAAUUGAUGGAAUUUUAUGAAAAGGAUAAGAACAUUGGUAAAUUCUUGCAUAUUAUUAAAGAUUCUCCAGUUUAUCCAGUUAUGCUUGAUGCCAAUAGAACUGUUGCUUCAUUACCACCAAUUAUUAAUAGUGAUCAUUCUAAGAUUUCUUUAAAUACUAGAAAUGUUUGGAUUGAUGUCACCGGUACCGAUAAAACUAAAACUGAAAUUGUUAUAAAUCAAUUGGUUGCUAUGUUUUCUCGUUAUUGUAAAACUCCAUUUGAAAUUGAACCAGUCCAAAUCAUUUCUGAACAUAAUGGGGAAACUAGAGUUUGUCCAAAUGUUACUCCAAGAACUGCUCAAGCUGAAAUUCCAUAUAUUAACUCCUGUGUAGGUUUGGAUUAUUCUGGUGAAGAAAUUUCUAAAUUAUUGAAGAAAAUGUCUUUGGAUGCAAGUACCUCAACUAGUGACAAAGAAAUUAUUGAUGUUAAAAUCCCAAUAACUAGAUCAGAUAUUUUACAUCAAUGUGAUAUUAUGGAAGAUGUUGCUAUUGCUUAUGGUUAUGAUAACUUGAAAAAGACCAAACCUCAACAAACCGAAAGUUUAGUUGCUGCUCCAUUACCUGUAAAUAAAGUCGCUGAUAUUUUAAGAUUAGCAAGUUCACAAGCUGGUUAUUUGGAAGUUAUGCCAUUGACUUUAUCUUCUCAUGAUGAAAACUUUGGUUGGUUGAAACAAAAGGAUGAUGGUACUACUGCAGUUAAAUUGGAAAAUCCAAAGACUAUUGAAUAUCAAGUUGUUAGAACUACUUUAUUACCAGGUAUUUUGAAAACCAUCAAAGAAAACAGAAAACAUUCAUUACCAAUCAAAGUUUUCGAAUGUGGUGACAUUGUCUUGAAGGAUGAUAAAUUAGAAAGAGGAGCUUUCAAUCAACGUAAUUGGGCUGCUGUUUAUGCUGGUAAAACUUCUGGUUUUGAAAUGGUUCAAGGUUUAUUGGGUAAAAUCAUGCAAACCAUGAGAACUCCAUGGUUGGAAAAACCACAAGAAGAUAAAAGAAGAGGUUAUUGGAUUGAAGAAGAUAAAGAAAACCCAACUUUCUUCCCAGGUAGAGGUGCUAAGGUUUUCUUUAGAAGUGCUGAAAAUGGUGAAGGUAAAGUUAUUGGUAAAUUGGGAGUUUUGCACCCAGAAGUUAUGAAUAACUUUGAUAUUCCAUAUGCCGCAUCAUCCGUUGAAAUCAAUGCUGAAGUUUUCUUGUAA